AUGGCCAAUGUAUUAAGCAAGAAAUUCCUUCUUUCUUUCCUCCUCAUUUGCUUGGUGUUGUCCCCACCACAAGCUAGGGCGGUGAUAACAUGUGACACGGUAUUCAACGACUUGAAACCGUGCCUUAAUUACGUGUUAGUUGGUGGAAAUGUGCCCACAGAAUGUUGCAACGGGCUUAAAUCUCUUAUUGCUAAUGCAAUUACCACCGCAGAUCGCCAGAGCACAUGCUCGUGCCUGAAGAGUCUCGCCACGACCGCGACGGAUGAACAAGUUGAUCGUGCCGCUAGUCUCCCCGGAAAAUGUGGUGUCAAAGUUCCUUUCAAGAUUAGCCGUGAUGUUGAUUGCACAAAGGUGAAAUGA